AUAGGUCGUCUGGUCCAGGCAGUCGAUGUAUUUUCUCUGCUGGUAAAGACCAAAAGAAUAGUUAUAAAUACCAGUAGAAAGUUGUCCCUUCCCUUCAGUCCGGUAAAGAUUUUUGGAAACCGAUAAACGAGAACAAUGCUGUUCCUCAUCUUAACUUAAUUUCGUGUUCUUGAUUUUUCUGUGUGAGAUUUGACGAUAACUUUAAUCUCACCUGUUUGGGGAUCAGGUCAUGCGAUCUCUGGUAUCAGCCCAUGAUUAAGUGUCAAUAAAUUUUUCUGGAUUCUGUUAUCAUUAUAACCUUUGGUAUAGAAUGACGCAAGUGAACGAUUAAGUACAAAAAUAACUGAAAAGAUCCAAGUUGGCUGUGUAUAAACCCUCAGGGACUGUUUGGCAAUCAAAGAUUAUAGGCUUUCUGUAGUAUACUGAUUUGGUGUAGACCACUGUUAGCUAGAUUUUGGAAACCAUGGCUCUCAAUGAUAAUACUACUUUUCCACCUGAUGGUGAAGAUGAGUUUGCAGAUGCAAUGGAGGAAACCGAAAACCCAUUAAAAUCAAUUCUGGUUAGAAAAAGUCCAUCUCCAAAUGGGAUGACUUUGGAGACAGCUAUUGAUCACUGCAGAGAAGCGUUAGAUUUAUUUUUUGAUAACAAACUCACAGAUGCAAAAGCAAUUAUGGAGCCAUGGAGUGAAACAAGCUAUUAUCAUGCACUUGGAAACAGUGUUCUUGCUUUCCUCCAAGCCAUCCUUACUUUUGAGCAGAGGGACAUUGGGGUGGCGUUGGAUCUCGUCAAACAGUCAAUCGAAAUCAGUAAUCAGUAUAGACGAAAAACUACGCUUACGGAAUCUUUUGGCCGAAUACUAAAAAGAACCGAUUAUAAUUUAUAUACCGAAGAACAAAUUCAUGCCGAAUUGUGUUAUGCCGAGUCAAUGUUGUUGAAAGCAGUUCUGACUUUUACUGAAGACGAAACAUUAAUGAGCUUUGUAAAAGGUGGAUUGAAAAUCCGUUCUUGCUACCAGUCCUACAAGGAAUGUUGGAACAUGCUUAAUCAUCGCAAAUGGACCGAUGAUCACUAUAAAGUUCAUUUCGAAAGCGGGGUUCGACUUGGUGCAGGGUCUUUCAAUUUGAUGAUUUCGUUACUGCCACAACGUGUUUUGAAGCUUCUUGAGUUCAUCGGUUUUAGUGGAAGUCGGAGUGUCGGUCUAAGUGAGCUGGAGAAAGGCUACGAAUUGCAGACAAGUAUCCGUCGCGUUCUCUGCGCCAUUGUCCUUCUAGGUUACCAUUUAAUCGUAGUCUACGUGUUGAGCAACGGCGAAGGAAAUCUUGUUCAGGCCAAUGCUAUCUUGGAGGAACAAUUGAGAUUGAAACCAAACGGCGUUUGGUUCCUGUUCUUCAAAGGUAGAUAUGAACUUGUGCAAGCUCAUGUUGAUGAUGCCAUUGUUUGGUAUGAAAGGUCUUGGCAUUCUCAGAAUAGCUUUCCGCAGUUUCAUCACCUCUGUUUCUGGGAACUCAUGUGGGCGCAUAGCAUGAAAAUGAACUGGAAAUCAGCAGGGCAAUACGCACGACGUCUAUUUGAAGAGAGCAGAUGGUCAAAAUGCAUAUAUGCCUAUGUCCAGGCUGCAUUUUUGUGUAUGGACAAGGAAGAUGGAAAUCUGUCUGAUGCUGAACAUAGCCGUUUGAUCUCUCUCAUGCGGGAGGUACCGUCGUACAAGCAGCGAAUAGCCGGGAAGUCGUUGCCGGCAGAAAAGUUUGUCAUAAGGAAGAGCGCCCGCUUUUUUGCGCAAGGUGAUAGGCUACGUCUGGCUGCUUUGGAAUUGCUCUACGUUUGGAAUAUUUUAAAGAUUAUUGGGAAAGAGCGGGUUCUCAUUCAACCUUGUUAUCGUCUCAUUGAACGUACCAUCAAAGAUCUCGAAGCUCGCAAACAAGACAAAUAUUAUUCUGAUGAUCUCGCCCUGACACUGUUGCUGAAAGGGUGUUGUCUUCGCUCCAUGAACAGUCCAUUGCAAGCCGAAGAAUGUUUCCUUCAAGUGUCCAAAAUGGAGAAAAUGUUGCAAGACGAUACCUACCUCAUCCCUUAUAGCGUCGCUGAAUUGGGCUUCCUCUAUCAUUCUCAGGACAAAAACGAACAAGCAAUUUUAUGGCUUGAAGCUGCAAAAAACAAUUAUAAGGCUUACAGCUUAGAAUCCAGGCUCCAUUUUCGCAUCCACGCGGCUCUCAGCCAACUCAAGGCACCGACUGAAGAAACUGGACUUGAAGCUGAUAACGGUGAAAUGGUAAUGAGUGGUCUCGAUGGUGAGUUUCAACAACUUCAAACUAGUUCAGCCGAUGAAUCAAAACGGACCACUAAGUUAUAAUUUUUUUUGCUCAAGCUUCUUUUCUUUUCAUUUUGGCGCAUCAUUUCCAACAGUGAACAGUGAAAGGAAACGGAUGAAGCGAAACGGUGAAAUGACUCGGGAGAUUCGGCUAGAAAAGCAGCAGAUGUUGUUCAUGCCGUUCUGCUCCAUCGACUUUACCUACGUUCCCGAGAGAAUAGCAUCAUAGAUCCUACCUUCCCAUCUGUAUAAGGAUUGACUAGUCGAUUUCCACAGGAAGAAAAAAAAGUACUGCAUGGUGAUAAAGUUCACUCAUGCCAACGGCACCGAACUGGAUCGAUAAUCGGCGCUGUUCCUUGUGGAGUAAGUAUAUUGUUACCCCCUUUUGUUGAUGUAGGGGAACAAAAAAAACCUGUUGGAGGUUCCCCUUUAGGCAGGAGGAGCACCAAUCUGUUAGCAUAGUGAACAUGUAGUCUUAACUUUGGUCUUGACCCAGUUGCGCUUUGAAGGAGAGUUGGAUACAAUCAUUACUCAUUUUGAAAGAGUGUCCGCCAAGAGGGGGAAAAAAAUUAUGUUAACUUACCUUCGUCGCCAUUUAUGUUGAAAGGCAAACACGGCGUGGAACCAUCAGAGUUGAUUAUUGGAUCGAAAGAGUUGAUUUAUCGUCUUGGAUUGCAGUUGAAAUCGUGUGUAUCGCCCUUCUCUUUUACCCUCGGUGACGUGGCAAUCGAAAAACCCAUUAUUUAUCUUGAGAUAACAAUUUUCCUGUCUUCCCUCUUCCACCCUUUCCUUUCGGGGGAGAACUCGGUCGUGCAGGAGACAACUUGAUUAUAUCAUGUCGUCUCAGCGAGAAGUCCUCUCUGUCUCGUCCGUGUAAUUUGUUCUUCUAGCUUCCUACGACGGAAG